CACAAAUCUUCACUGCACAUUUUGAACUGCGUAGGGACACAGAGGCAUCUUGCAUCGUGAGAGUGUGUUUGUGGCGCAAAACAAAGCUCAACAUGGCAGAUGUUGUAACUCUUGACGAGGAGCCAAAGCAAGACGAAUCCACCGCCUCCGUCAAAUCGGAACCGACCGACGAGACCUCUGAAGAAACACCUAACGGCGUGAAAACGGAUGCUGAAGAAAGUAAAUCGCCCAAAGAAAAGCUCGAUGCUAAAGAGAAGUCUUCUGGGAGCAGAAGAGGAAACCGCUACCAUCCCUACAAAGACAAACAUGGUGGUGAAAAGAAGGGUGCUCACAGGAACCGGGUGUUCAUCAGCAAUAUCCCGUAUGACAUGAAGUGGCAGGCAAUUAAAGAUCUGAUGCGCGAGAAAGUUGGUGAGGUUACAUACGUGGAGCUCUUUAAGGAUGCAGAAGGAAAGUCAAGGGGUUGUGGUGUGGUGGAGUUCAAAGAUGAGGAGUUUGUAAAGAAGGCUGUAUUAACUAUGAAUAAGCAUGAUCUGAGUGGAAGACGACUCAAUAUCAAGGAGGACCCUGAUGGGGAACAUGCCCGCCGUGUGCUUCAGCGCAUUGGAGGAGGUCAACAGGGAGGCCGUGGUCAGGACAUGGGGCCCGGUGGGAUGAACCUCCCACCCUCCAUCGCCAACAACCCUAACAUCCCACCUGAAGUCAUUCAUGCGCUGCAGGCCGGACGACUGGGCAACACAGUGUUUGUGGCUAAUCUGGAUUUCAAGGUCGGCUGGAAGAAGCUGAAGGAGGUGUUUUGCAUGGCCGGCGUGGUGAAGCGAGCAGACGUGAAGGAGGAUAAAGACGGCAAGAGUCGUGGAAUGGGAACGGUGACUUUUGAGCAGUCACUGGAGGCUGUGCAGGCCAUAUCCAUGUUCAACGGACAGAUGCUGUUUGACAGACAGAUGCAUGUUAAAAUGGAUGAGAAGUCUCUUCCCCCGGAAGAUUUCCGUCAAGUUGAAAAAGCUUCUCAGUUACCACGGGGUCUUGGUGGUAUUGGCCUGGGGCUGGGGCCUGGAGGACAGCCUAUAAAUGCCAACCGUCUGAGCGGUGGAGGAAGCAUGAGCUCCAUGGGGCCUGGAGGUAUGGAUGUUUCAGGUUAUGGUGGAAUGAACAGACUUGGAGGAGGAAUGAGUAGUGGAGGAGGUGGAGGCUUUGGAGGCAUGGAGAGCAUGGGCAACAUGGGCAGCUUUGGAGGCAGAGACAUGGCACCAGUGGGCAGAAUGGGAGAUAUGUACCGGUCAGGAAUGGGUGGAAUGGAUCGGGACUUCGGUCACGGUGACAUGCCAAUGAAUCGAGGAUUUGGAGAUUCUUUUGGAGGCAUGGGCGGAGGUUUUGGAGGAGGCAUGGGCAGUGGUGGCAUGGGGCACAUGGGGACUGGAUUAGGCGGUGGAAUGGGCAACAUGUCGAUGGACCGAAUGGGCUCCGGCUUUGACCGUUUAGGCAUGUCAGGAAUGGACAUGAACCGUGGCUUUGGCUACGGAGGUGGGGGGCCGAGCCACAUGGGUGGAGGCAUGUCUGACAGGGGCUCUGGCUCCAAAGCAGGCUGUCAGAUAUUUGUGCGAAAUCUGUCCUAUGAUCUGACAUGGCAAAAACUGAAAGAGAAGUUCAGCCACUGUGGUCAGGUGAUGUUCGCAGAAAUCAAGAUGGAAAAUGGAAAGUCAAAGGGAUGUGGAACGGUGCGAUUUGACUCUGCGGAGAGCGCCGAGAAGGCCUGCAGGAUGAUGAAUGGAACCAAGAUCAAUGGCCGAGAGGUGGACGUCCGCAUCGAUCGCAACGCCUAGAGCUUUUGUAGGAGUCAGGCUACAACACUUACACAUUCAGCCCCCUUGCCAAUGAUCUUUUUUGUUUUGUUUUAAAAACACAAUUACUUCAUAUCUCCAUGUGUCCUCGGUUUCAUUUUUUGUUUAUAUAUACUACAUAGCUAUUUUAUCUUUGUUUUGUAAAACCCUUUUUAAUUUGUCAGGCAGUUUAUUUGGACAAAUAAACUUUUUAAUUUUUAAA